CGUUGUUGUUUUGGGACAAAUUAUUGGAAAAUUAUCUCGAUUCUACAUUUAAUUAGUAAAAAAAUAUGAGCGCAAUGGAGGAGGAAUACGAAGAGGAAGGAUGGAUUAACCGGAACAAUCAACCUGGCGAAGAAGAGGCUGAUGGACACGAAGAACCCCUGGAAAAUCCCCAGGAAGUGCUCAACGAAUGCUUGGGGAAAUUUGCCACUUCCGAUUACAUUAUGGAACCGGGAAUUUUCACCCAGCUGAAACGGUACUUCCAAGCGGGUGGUACUCCGGAACAAGUAAUCAACCAACUCUCAGCUAACUAUACCGCGGUUGCUCAGAUGGCCAAUCUCCUGGCGGAAUGGUUGAUAUUGGCUGGAGUUCGCGUUACCGAUGUACAGGCAAUGGUUGAAAACCAUCUCAAGGACAUGAUUCUCAAAACGUUCGAUCCGAAGAAGGCAGAUAAAAUUUUCACCGAAGAAGGUGAAACACCAGCCUGGUUGACGGAAAUGAUUGAACACCAUACAUGGCGGUCUUUGAUCUACAGGCUAGCUGAGGAAUAUCCGGAUUGUCUUAUGUUGAAUUUCACCAUCAAACUUAUCUCGGAUGCCGGAUUUCAGAGCGAAAUUACUUCAAUUUCCACGGCAGCCCAGCAGAUUGAAGUAUUCUCAAGGGUGCUGAAGACGGCGAUUGCUAAAUUUCUGAACCAUCCAGACGAUUGGCAAUCUGCUAUCCACGAAUGUGCCAAAAUGGUAUGUCACGGCCAGCAUACGUACGUUUAUAGCCAAGUGUUGGUUCAAGUUCUAUCGCAAGAACCCAAAGGAGGAUUCAUUAUGAAGCGCUUGGCUCAGGAAAUCACGAAAUAUGCAUCGAAAAACAAUCAUAAUGUAACACCUAUUACGAUGGCCCUAAAUGGUUCUGCUCGGCAUCCACAAGCUUGUGAAGCUCUUACUUCCAUGCUUACUAGAAAUGCCCUCAAUCCGGCUGAUAUAACGGUCUUGUACCGGAACUAUUCCUCCCUGGAAGCACCACCGAUCGACCUGAUCCGUAAUCCUCAAUUUUUGGAUUUACUGGUCGAUUCGCUAUUUAAAGUAGGCGUCAAAAUUAAUCAAGAACACAAAUCCAAGUACAUUUAUCUGUUGGCCUAUGCGGCGAGUGUAUGUGAAACAUCCGCGAAAAAAGGGCAACCCAAAGGCCAUCGGAAUAUAAACAAGGAUGAACUGAAGCCAACUAUCCAGGCAGUGGAAAAGGUGCACACCAUCUGCAAUGUGAAUCGUGGUUCUACUGAACUGAUCGCUGAAAUAGCCACCUUGUACAAUUGCAUCCGCUUCCCGGUGGUUGGAGUGGGUGUAAUUCGAUGGGUCGAAAAUACCGUUACAGAACCUUCCUAUUUUAAACUGUGCACUGAGAGUUGUCCCCUUCACCUGGCCCUGCUGGACGAAGUCGCUCAGGUUCAUUCGUCGUUACACGAUCAAAUCCUUCGGCUGCUGAUACAACUGUUUGAAUCAAAACAAGAUGAGCUGGAAAUUCUCGUGCAGCUGGAAAUGAAAAAAAUGUUGCUCGAUCGUAUGGUCAACCUGUUGACCAGGGGAUGUGUGGUUCCAGUCGUGAAAUACAUCCGUCAGUGUUGCACCCGGGGAGACACCGAUAUCUCGUUGAUACGUUAUUUUGUCACCGAAGUGCUCGAAACGAUAACGCACCCGUACUCGCCAGAGUUUGUGCAAUUAUUUUUGCCCAUGGUGGAAAACGAAGAAAUUACGGGAUCGAUGCGCGGAGAAGGUGAUAACGAUCCAGUUUCGGAGUUCAUCGUGCAUUGUAAAGCACAUUACACGACUAUUUAGAUCAAGGUAGGUAAGCGUAUUGAAAAUGAUGGUAGUCGUAUGAAUUUGGAAUAUAGUAUAGGGAAUUCGA